UCUGAAAGCCUUGUUUUGAACUGUAUUGUGGAAGUGUGUCAUGUAACAUAUUUUGCAUUUCAAGUUAUAAUGGCUGAUUUUUGAAAAUACAAGAAAAGAUUCGAUAAUUUUUUACUUCCUCUAUUUCCGUAAUUAGAGUCUUAAACCUCAUGUAAAUAUUUACCUCUAUUCGUCAAUUCAUUGCAGUGAGGAAAUUAAACAUCGAAAAUCGAAGUUCUCAAACAUGGAAUCUCCAAAUCAGGCAGAAUUGGAUACGGUGGAAUAUUGGAAGGAACAAGCAAAACAUUACGAACAGAAGGCAACGGAUAUACAGCAAGAGUUGGACGAGUAUACAGAAAAUUCAGCUCAGCUUGAAAAAGAAUUGGACGCGUCCUUGGUUCGAGUGGAAAAACGAAACAGAGAUUUGGAACAUCAAAAUCUGAGGCUCAAAAACGAUAUCGAUAUGCUCAAAUCUAAAUUAGAAAGAAGUCAACAUGAAACAAAUGCACUUGAAAAUGAAUUACAAACACUCAAAAUGGAAAAAGAGAAACAGGCUACAUAUAUAAGAGAAUUAGAGCAAAAGAAUGAUGAUUUGGAAAGAGGACAACGAAUUAUAUCAGAAUCGGUUUCAUGUAUAGAAGCAUUAUUAAAUCAGGCUUAUGAACGCAAUGCUGUCUUAGAAAGUGAAGUUGAUGAAAUCGAAAAUUUGAGGGUAAAAUUGCAAAGAGCUACAGAUGAAGCCAGAGAUCUCAAACAAGAGUUAAUAGUUAUAGAGAAGAAUCCAAUUUCUAAGAAGGAAGAGAGCAGUAUAAAUGAAAAUGUGUGUAAUGGACAUACAACGAGGAGUCAAGUAGAAAUAGAAACACAAACUUCCCUACUUUCACCGACAAAACGUGAACUGAAUGGUAACGCUAUGACGCCAUCAUCUAGAGUAUCGGCUAUUAACAUUGUUGGAGAUCUGCUCAGAAAAGUUGGGCUUGAAAGAUUUCUUUGCCGUGAUUGUGGUAAGGUCAAAUGUUCGUGUGACGUCAGCACCGAGCAACAAAACAAUGUUCUUGAAACGAACGUCCAUGAACACGAUCCUAUAAAUAAUAUUGAUAAUUCUGUUGAGUACAGAAAAGGGACUUUCACGCGUCAAUAUUCAAAAUCGGAACAGUCAAACACGACAGCUAACAAAACAAUGCCAUUAACACCAAAAAGUUCCGAACCAUUCGAAAGAUCCUACCAUAAUGAGAAUGCGAAAUUAAGAAGAUCAUUCAUAGUGCGAUCGAGAGAAGGAAUAGAGAAUUUGUUGAACUUCUCAUCAGCAAGAAAAGUUCAGGAUCAGGGAAAAGGGAAACCUAUAUGUCAACAAUUUUAAUAUAAUGAAAUACAAAUGUUUAUAAUUGUAUUUAUUUAAAUAUCAUAAUAAGGGUUGCUACACUAAUGCUUUUUAUGUAUUUUAGUCACUUUGGAUAGACACGGCUUGUUUGUCGCGUGUGAGUAUUUUCAUUAUAUUUUUAUUUUUUCGAUCUUAGUCUGUUUAAAUAUAUUUAGGCAUGAUAUAGAUUGUUUAAAAUAUUGGUUAUUCCAUUACACAAAAUUGUUUUAUUUUACGUCACCAACCCUGAUCAUGUACAUAUCAUGUAAACAUACCCUUAUGUGUAGCAACUCUUAUUAGUACCAAAAUAAUAUGAUUAAAAAUAAAAUGAAUGAAAUUAAAUAAUUCCGUAUUUUAAGUAGUAUUUAGAUAUUUUAGCAUAUCUUAGUACAAAGUAGUACUAAUUUUCUUUUGUACAUAGAUUAUAAAUAGAUUAAAAUAAAAAAAAUGCCUCAUACCAUGUAAUAUGUAGGUUGUAUUUAAUUUGUAUGCAUUGCUGUAGUGGUGAAGGUUUCAACUCACAUGUAUUACGUCACAUACUAAUAUUAACAUCAUUCAUGUAAAAUUUUCUUCAUUGUAGGCUUUGGAAUCAAAGUUAGCAUCGUGUCGUGGUACUGUUAGACCUAAAGAGUCACCAAACCAAACAUCCGACGUCAAUAAGGACUACAGGUGUGUACUCAAGAACUAAGACUUGCCUACAAUUACGUUAGCUUCUUACUUAUAGUUUUCUUUUUUACUAUAAAAAGGAUAAAAGCUUCAUAUCCGAUUCUCAUUGAACAUUACGUGAUUGGUAUCACACUUUCCUAAUGUUAAUAUCUGUGAUGAAAAAAUAGAUAAUUUAAUAUGUAAAAACUUUUUUUUUUUGGCCUACCCACCGGAGACAUUAACACGGCACAAGUUGCUUAAUGCACUGAGAUACUAUCUUAAUAUAGAUACUUCGGCAUAUUACAUAUAAAAAACACUGUGACGUCAUUAUGUCUAACAUUAAUUCGCUAUGCCUGUGAUCAGGUAUCAGAUGUUUCUAGAACAGUUUGAAUGUGCAAACAAUUUUCGAUUUUAAGGCUCAUGUUUAAAAUCUCAUUUAUCAGUCAUAUAUAUCAUAUAUGGUUAGUAUAUAUAUAUAUAUUUUUGAGUAAUAUUUUUUGUAUAUACCUAGAUUUAGAUAUGAAAUCGUUAAAAAUAAAAAGAUUUAUGAAUUAGUGUUUUGGUAGGUGUGAUUCUUAUUUAUGUAAAUUGGUAAAAAUAUUCAUUUAUACAUGUUUUUUCUUCAUAUAAAUUUUAAUUUAACCAAAUCAUACUAAAAUUCAUGUUUUUUUUUUUGAGACUAACUCCAUGUGAAUGUUAAAUUAACUACAUGUGAGAUUAAUAAAUUUCUAGUAUAUAUCUCAUGUUGAUGUAUAUGUAGCAUGAUUACUAAAAUAGUGUUUUAAAUUAUAUGUAACUAACCCUUGUGCAGGAAUUAAAGUAUAAUCAUUUAAAUAAUCUAUUUAAAAUGGAUUAUCACAUAAUUUCUGUUUAAAAAAAUUAUAGAUUUGUGCCUUAGUUGUCUAUAACUUAUAUACUUAAGAAUUAUUGUAAAAGGCAAACACAACACCGUUUGUAAAGUCUUGCCCAGUAAAAUAUGAAUUGUGUAAAUCUUAGCACACUACAAACAUAUUGUCAUGCCUCUUGGAAUUAGUGUAUUAAUAAAAAUAUAUAUAAAAUCAGUUAUUUAUAUAAUGUUACUGAACACGAGAGAAAACUGAUAACUAAUUUUAAUAACUCAUUUACCUUUUUUUUUUUUUAAGAACAACUAUUGUGUAAAAUAAUCUAUGUAGCAAUAAGACCAAUUAAAAUGUAUUAUCUAGAAUUCUAGAUGUUUCCAAUUGUAAUGCUCUAUUUUCGAAUUAUAACAAAAUGUUUUGUAGUAAAUGUUACCUAUAGUUUUGACAAACAUGAUUAGUAUUCAUGUACAGCCGUGUUUUAGUCGAAAAUUGUUUGAGUGGGUUGUCCCGGCCUUUCAUAGGAUGUGUACAUUUCUAUUUUAUAAUUAUAUUGUAAAAUUGCCCAGUCUGCAAAAUAGUUUAACUAAGCAUUUAUACAUUCACAUGUGUGAUGACCAGACAAUUUUUAUUUUUGUGCGCAAUUAAUAAAAAUAAGUUGAGGCAAUAAAUUAUAUUUUAUUUUCUCCUAUGAAUUUAUAUCACUUGUUUGCCAGUGAAGACAUUUGAAACAGUGUUGCCAAAUUCUAGACUUUUUAAUUCACGAACUGGUGGUUUAAAAUUAUCCAUCAGUUCACAUAGUGGUUUGUUGAGUAACUUAAUUUUAAGAACAAGUGUCUGACUUGGACCCUUCACUUCUUCUAUCUUAAUAUUGCCUGAAAUAAAAAAAUUCUGUAAUUAAACCAUGGUAAAUCUACUACGAAACUAAUGGAGAUAAAAUCUUUUUUUUUUAUGAAGUAAUAGAUAAUUAAAUAAUCAUACUUUACCAGAUAUUUUAGGAGACCUUGUUAUCCAUAGUGCAAGUACAUAAUAUGGCAUUGUUUGUAUAACAUAUAUGAUUUUUGAUAAUAAAAAUUGCAAGAACAAUGAUAAUAUUCUAAACUGAAAAAAUAAUAAUUAAAGAUUUUUUCAUCAAUAAAAUAUAUAUAUAUAUAUAUAUAUAUAUAAUUACAUUAAUAUAUUACAUUAAAUACAUACUGCGGUGAACACAAUGUAGUACAUAAGAGUUGUUGGUAGUAAUAGAAGUAAUAUAGUGAAUGCGACAGUUCCCACAAAUAGUUGCUGGUUAGUGUAUUCACAUGAAUCAAUACCACCUCUCAAUGGAUUGUACUUCCUACCAACAAAUAACCUUAAAAGCGCUAUUAACCCUGAUAUUUGAAUGUUGAACAAUCUGGAAGAGAUUGUUACUUUAAUUUUAAUAUGGAAUUUGCCUUAGAAGUGCAUAUAUUUUUAAUAAAAUGUUUAUAUAGUAAUUUUUUCACCUUGCCGCAUAGAUAUAAAUACAAUAAGAGUGAAAUGUCGCCAUACAAAUCAUAUCAGAUAUAAUGGCUGCCUGAAACGUGAAUCCCAAGUAACCCAAAUAUUGGCACACACUUAAUAUGAUAUCUAAUUUGUCACUGGAUACAUCU